CGUCAGUCUGCAGAGCGCGAGUGCAGCACGCCACUUUCUGCACGCCUCUCCAACACUCACACUCGUUGUGACAGUGGUGGUGGCGUCCACUGCGCGUGGAAGUGCACCCCCGGAGGAGAGAGAGCAUGAGAGCCAGGCGGCAGCACGACCAGGUUGGGAAUUAAACGAGAAGGAGAAGGUGGAGGAGGAGGAAGCUUCUGUGGAAAGCUUUCCGAGGAGACUUUGCAGGAGCAAGCUCGGACUCUUUGGAUUUUAACGUGCUUGUCGAGCAUCCCACUGAGGAAGCGGUAAGGAAUAUCCAAGAAAUUCCUGCAGCAAGCCGCUUGAUUGCCACAGCAGAUCGGAGUUAUUUACCAACCUCGCCCCGCUUUCUGAGCCGACUGGAAAAGAUUGGAGUCUACAGUAAUUGGCACUGGGCCGUCGGCGUGGGAGUGCUACAGGUUAGCGCGCCCGAAAGGUUGGAAAGAGGACGUCGAACGUUCAGGUGAUGACUGCUUGAAGUGACCUCUUCCUGACCGACGCGGGAAAAAGCACGGCGCCCUUCCUCGCCCGUUGGCCGCUGCCGCCGUCCCACCUCUUUCCUCGCCAAAGUGCUUUCACCGUGGCUCAGCUCUCGCUCCCGUGCCACUUCCACUUUGAGAGCUGACCCUCACAGACCGCCAAUGCUAGCAAGGAACUGCCUGCUGCUGUUCCUUUGGUAUCACCUCCAGGAAGGCUCGGCCUCGCCGCCGCCCCCCAUACGGCCGCCCUCCUCGCCACUGGGACCCGGCAGGAUGGCGGGGAGGGCGCGCGCCAGGAGCUUGAUGGGCCCCGUAAGGAAUGGUCCGGCUGGGUUCCAGAGGGUCAAGAGGGGCUGGGUGUGGAACCAGUUCUUCGUGUUGGAGGAGUACAUGGGCUCUGACCCGCAGUACGUGGGAAAGCUGCACACUGAUCUGGAUCAGGGCGACAGCGUAGUCAAGUACACGCUCUCGGGCGAAGGGGCCGGCUCCAUUUUCACCAUUGACCAAACCACGGGGGACAUCCACGCCUUACGGAGUCUGGACCGCGAGGAGAAGCCUUACUACACGCUACGCGCGCAGGCGGUCGACCUCAACAGCAACAGACCGCUGGAGCCCGAGUCUGAGUUUGUGAUCAAGGUGCAAGACAUCAACGACAACGAGCCAAAGUUCUUGGAGGGGCCGUAUCGAGCCAGUGUUCCCGAGAUGUCGCCCGUGGGGACGUACGUGACGCAGGUGACGGCCACCGACGCGGACGACCCGACGUACGGAAACAGCGCCAGAGUGGUUUACAGCAUCCUGCACGGACAGCCCUACUUCUCCGUGGACCCCAAAACUGGCGUGAUCAAGACGGCCUUGCCCAACAUGGACCGGGAGGUGAAGGAGCAGUACCAGGUGCUCAUCCAGGCCAAGGACAUGGGGGGCCAGCUGGGGGGGCUCGCCGGGACCACCGUCGUCAACAUCACCCUCAGCGACGUCAACGACAACCCGCCCAGGUUCUCCAAAAGUUUUUUCCACUUGCGCGUUCCCGAGUCCUCGGCGGUGGGCUCGGCCGUGGGCAGGAUCAAGGCCCACGACUUGGACGUGGGCAAGAACGCCGAAGUGGAGUACACCAUCGUGCCGGGCGACGGGGGCGCCAUGUUUGACAUCACCACCAAUGACCACAACCAAGACGGGAUAAUCGUCCUCAAACGGCCGCUGGACUACGAGAGCAAGAAGGCAUACACCUUCAAGGUUGACGCGUCCAACGCUCAUCUGGAUCCCCGAUUCCAGACCUUCGGGGCCUUCAAAGACACGGCGACGGUGAAGAUUAACGUCCUGGAUGUUGACGAGCCUCCGGUGUUCAAUAAGCCCGCCUACGUGAUGGAUGUGUACGAGGACACACCGGCGGGCACCAUCAUUGGCGCGGUGACGGCGCAGGACUUGGACGCCAGUAGCAGUCCAGUCAGGUACUCCAUCGACUGGAGGAGUGACCUGGACAGCUACUUCGACAUCGACCCGGCGGAGGGAACCAUCUCCACCAAUGAGGUGCUGGACAGGGAGAGCGUGGCCUGGCACAACAUCUCCAUCGUGGCCACCAAGCUCAACAGUCCGGUUCUGACCAGCCGCGUGGCCGUCUCGGUCCACGUGUUGGACAUCAACGAGUUCCCGCCUGAGCUCGCCAGUCCCUACGAGAGCUUUGUGUGCGAAAACGCCAAAGUGGGACAGGUGAUUCAACUGUUCAGUGCCAAGGAUCAAGAUCUGCCCAACGCCGGACAACAGUUCUCCUUCAAAGCAACAAAAGACGAAUUAAGGAACAAGAACUUCACUGUCAGAGACUUUGGAAACAACACGGCCGGCAUCGUGACCAAGCGCGGCGGCUUCCGGCGGCGCUCGCAGGAGAUCUACCACCUGCCCGUUGUGAUCGAGGACAACGGCUACCCGUCCAAGAGCAGCACGGGAACGCUGACCAUCCGCGUGUGCGGCUGCGCGGCCGACGGCUCGCUGCUGACGUGCAGCGCCGAGGCCAUCUUCCUGCCCGUGGGCCUGAGCACGGGCGCGCUCGUCGCCAUCCUCCUGUGCAUCGUCAUCCUGCUCGUCAUCGUGGUCCUCUACGUGGGCUUGAAGCGGCAGAAGAAGAAGGAGACGCUGAUGUCGUCCAAGGAGGACAUCCGGGACAACGUGAUCCACUACGACGACGAAGGCGGCGGCGAGGAGGACACGCACGCCUUCGACAUGGGAACGCUGCGCAACCCCAAAGUGGUCAAGGACAACCUGUUCCGCCGGGACGUCAAACCCGAGAUAAAACGGGGUCCCAGGGCGCCCGCCUCCAAGGACAGCGCCGACAUCCGGGCGUUCAUCGACCAGCGGCUGAAGGACCACGACAGCGACAACUCUGCGCCGCCGUACGACUCGCUGGCUACCUUCGCCUACGAGGGCAACGGCUCGGUGGCCGAGUCGCUCAGCUCCAUCGAGUCGCUGGCCGUGGACGCGGAGGAGGACUACGAUUACCUCAACGAGUGGGGGCCUCGCUUUAAGACACUGGCGGGAAUAUUCGGGGAGCAAUCGGAAGCUCGCUCGGACUCUACGAACACGGAGCAACGAGGCUACUCGGCCACUCCACAAACAAACAUGUAACCUUGUUUUGUUUGGCGAAGUCACCUUUACGGUGGACAUUUUAGGACAUCCUUGGCUGUCAGGGUCAGGUGUCAGAUUGGAAAUGUCUCAGGAACAUAUCUGUCAACCUUAUUCGAUGAGAGCGUCCGGUAUUGGACGUCAGCGUAGAAGUCAUGAAGGUGUCAGGAAAACGGUCGUCACGUUUAUGGAAAUUCACCAUCGGACAUUACGCCCAACAGUUUGAGUCGAGUCUAAAAAGUAUCUUACAAUAGUGAGCACACCCCUCACAUUUUUUGUCGAUGUUUUUUCAUGGGACAGCACUGAAGAAAUGACAGUUUGCCACUAUGUUAAGUAGUAAGUGUAUAGCUUCUAUAACAAUGUCAAUUUACUGUCCAGUCAACACGCACUAAACUGCUUGCAACAAAAGUGAGUACACCUAAGUGAAAAUGUCCAAAUUGGGCCCAAUUGGCCUUUUUCCCUACCGGGUAUCAUGAGACAUGUUAAACUCUAUUCUUGCUUUCGGCAUCUGUAAAAAUCGUCAUCCAUCCCUGUGCGCGCAAAACAGUUUGCUGAACUAAAAAUACCAACAUGUGCUGUGACAUAGUGAAGCAGAGUACCAUCCCCUCCCUUUGGAAAUUGGGCCGCAGGGCAGUAUUCCACUAAAUAGUGACAGCGUGGCAGCAUAGUUGAGUUAUCCUCUGUGCAGUUUCUGUUUCUUUGUGACGUCCUAUCGUCCUAUUGCGUAAUUCCAUCGUCUUGACAGAUGUUUUCCUGAAACCCUUUUGCCUCAACUCAGUGGUGCAAUUCCACAUGAAAUAACCUUUUUCCUGACUUUUAAGCUGACGUCUGAUACCUGACGCUGUAAUUCAAUAAACUUGACAGGUACAUUCCUGAUUCUUUUCGACGUCCUAUUUCAUACCCGACUCUGAAACACGAGUCGGGUAUGUCCUAAAAUGCCCGCUGUACACCUUUCCAUCUUUUUUCCGGUUCUGUCUUUUACGUUGUUUUCAUGAUUGAAGUGUGAGAGAAAAAAAAAAAAAAAAAUGAGAGCAUACAGUGACAUGAUCGAAUCACUCAUUCAAUUGGAAUGUUGUCUACGAGUAUCCGUGGAGAUGAUGUCAUUUCCGUUAACAUCCCUAAAAGUGCCUCAAUAGAAGAUUUCACGCCACACGUCCGAUGUUUUUAGACGCGAGCAAAACGACCGACGACGUCACUUCUGUGGCGCCCGUCAGGCCAAAGAUGUUUUGAAUGUUAUUUAUCCCUCUAUUUAUUUAUUGGCUGAUUGAUUUGCUUGUGUAUUUAUCUAUUUAUCUCGCAGUCAUACAAUUUUUUUUAUUUUUUUGGAGAAUCUUUUUGUAACAGAGGCCCGCGUGAAGAAAAUGGAUGUUCCUGUUAGGUGGGUCAUGUGAAUAGACUUGUACUAGACUUGUUUAAAAAAAAAAAAAAAAAAAAAAAAAAGAGAGCGAGAGAAAAGAAAAGAGACACUUUAGGGCUAAAUAUUGCAGUUCUGUCAUGAUAUAAACAUUUUUCUUAAAUAAAAGACACUUGGACAAACUUUUGCGUCAGCUAAAAGUUUGUUCAAACCUGAGACUUACAACCUUUUUCAACAAGCGCUUAACCUCUUCACACAUCCUCGUACCUCCUUUGUCAUCCAUCAGAUAAACACAAUGUUACAUUUUCCAGGUAAUCCCUGCAAUAAGAUGUUCAGCCAUAUCUCACUUGAGAAAUAAAUCCUCCUCUGAGUCGCUUUUUCUUCCCCAAUGACGAAUCAACAAUUAGCCCGCUGAGGUUGUCGGUAAUGGAGAAAAAGCGAUGUUUGCGUUGUUAUAAGAGUGUCCUUGUUGUGGUGUGCACUCACAACAUAAUGGAAGGCCUGGAGGGAAGCCAGCGCAAUAAAUAGCUUCUUGUUUCUGUCGCUCAUCAAGUCUCAUCUUCCAGACAUUUUCAGUUUGAUUUCACCCAAGAGCAAUUUCGCAGGGACCGCUGCAUCAAAAACACAAAGGUUCGGAAUGCUCCAGAGAUAUUACUUAAAGUAACACAUUAGCCCCUUGACAAUGCGAGAUGCUCAUGUUGCAGUCUACAGUACAACUUCACUUACUCUACUCGUUGAUUCAAAUUGUUUUGAUUGAUUUACAUUUCUUUUUUUUUAACAUCUAAUAAAUCAAUCCGUCGAAAAGCGGAACAUCAGGGGUCUCCAAACAAGAACAUGAAGCUAGUUCCUUAGCUAGCGCAUUUUUUGAAAGGUUUUUGGAACUAUUUGUGGCGUGACGUCAAUUUGUCAACCAAACAAAGAACGACUAAAUCAUUUCCUGGAAGAAGAACAAAGACAGCAGCGUCGAGAGUGUAGCCGACCGGUGUUACUUUGUUGAAAAAGAAAAAGAGAAAAAAGAUUCUAAAACCUUUGGCCCGCCGCGCACCGAGCGACGUGGCCGACCGCGACUCAACUGGAUAAUCAUGAAAAAAAAUGCAGUCGGCGAUUCACAGCCGCACACCAGGCGAAUUACCCUUGCGCACGAAACCAACUCGCUCCAACAGAAAAACUGCCACUUCUGGUAUUGUAAUUGGGAAACAACAUUUUGAGGCACAUAUACUGCUGUAACUGUGUAAUUAUUAUUUCUUUAUUUAUAUUGUGAGCUACAAAGAAGAAGUGGAAUGCCCUGACCGCUUUCGCCGCAUUUGAAUAAUACAGAGAGGAAACAGGCGAAAAAUAUUGUGGAUGUUUGCGAGACUAUUGACAAUAUAACCGCCCCCUUCAUUGACUGCACUCGAGUGCUUCUGCAACAGGAACUCUCCAUGCUUCACUUUUUAGCCAACUGUAGUGGUACAGUUUUGCGGUGGCCGGCUGGAUCUCGCUUCAUACCCGGAAACAAUUGGAAUCGCAGCAAUACUAAUGGCCGACAGUCGGCCCAUUCCUAAAAACUAGCUGCAGAACCCGACAGUCCGGUGGCGCUCAGCCAAAAACUGGUAUGUUAAUUGUUAUCGUUCCCACAUCUAAUUGAGACUGUCCAAUAACUGUAAGUGAAUGCAGCUGCCAGGGGGCAUCCAGUCAAUGCAGUAAAGUGAAAAGGACUGGCUCAAUGUGUGAAAUAGCCGAGGGGCAGUCAACACUGGCAGCAGCGAGUGAUGGCACUGAAGCGGUUUAUACUGGAGCGGGUUCAAGCGUCUGCCCAGCGCCAUUGUCCAGCCUCAUUGUUCAUUCCCGCUUAAUCCCGCGAGUGGAGGGAGUCCAUAAAAUCAAAAAUGUCCUCGCUCCGGCGAGUCAAUCACAACAAUUAGCGUUACUCGUCCCCUGGGAGAGGAUGAAAACAUUGUCGGGAACGUUCGAAAAUUUGCAGCGAGCGAUUGUUUGGCUACGAACAAAAGUGUUGACAGCGUUCAAUUUAUGCGCGCCGGAGUCGUCGAGACAGACGGGUUGUCAAACAUCAUCGUCGUCGCACUCUGCUUUCGGAUUGACAUAAGUAAACAAUUUCCACUGAGCCACGAGAUUUACGGGGCCGAGUGCACUCUUUAACACCAAUUAACAACACAGAUUGUGACUGUGAUCUGGUCUGACAACAGCACACUUAGUGUAGUUAUGCCCUCUCUCUCUUUUUUUUGGUUUUUUUUUGGAAAGAAAAGCACUAGUGUACCGUCAUGGCUAAACCAAUGGCCAACACAAGAAUUGAGGCCGACAUCUUGUGGGUAAGCGAUCUGCUUUCUUUACUCAAGACAAUUUUCUACACGGUCGGGACACAAAACAAUUCCACGAGGUCCACGCCGAUUCUUGGAAGCGUGAGGCUAAUCAAAACAAUGAGUGGAGGUAUUGCCCUAAAACAAGCUCACUGUGUAAACUACUGUGUUUCAGUAGAGUUACGCAACAGGUCGGCGUAAUCUAACUUCUGUCAUGGGUUCACCUUAGUUCAUGCUAACAUAUAUUCCCCCACUUUUGGGGACAAUAACUCCAAAUCAAGCUAAUGUUUCCUCACUGUCCCAAUUUUAGAAAACUGUAGUGGAUAAAUAAAUGUUUUUCUGACUCAAGACCACUUUUUUUUUUUUUGCAGUUGUUUUUAAAUCAGAUUAUGCACAAUGCAAAAUGAAUACAUGUACCCAACAUUGUAAUAGCUCCUACUGUAAAGUCGUUAUUUGUGUUGGCUUGUAUUGUGUAACUUUGCUUUUACCAUAGCCCAUUUGCGAGACCGGUCGAGGAUUAGCGCUCACCAUUGUGAACCCAUGCGAAAUGGCGAGGUACACGUGAAGUGCAUUUACAUGGAAAUAUCCUAAGACGUCUACACCACUACUGCUAUAGAAGGCAUUGAAAAGACAGGGGUAAAAACUUCCACCUAUAAAUAAAACAUUUGUAUUUAUCAAUUUGACUUUUGAGCGCAUUACACCGAAACUAAGCUGCAAAGAAUUUUUUACAUUCUCGCUUAUCGGCAAUACUACUUCAAAGAAAGCGAGCAAAUGUUGCAACAUAACAAAAUUAGCAUCACAACAGAAUGCUGAAAGUCAAUUGUCAGAUUUUUUUGUUCGCUUUUCAGCUAAGUAGCCAAAAACAGAGUUCGUUGUGUGCCAGUCAUGAUUGUCAUACCAACUAAAGACGCAUCCAGUCGGCUGCCCGCUGGAUUCAUUGAAACACACACACACACACGCGCACACGCAGCGGGAGAACGAGCCCAAGGGAGCAUUGGUCCUAUUUUUAAAUCCAAUAAGAAAGCGGCUGAGCUGCCUCGCAGGAACAGAACGUGCAUGCGAUUACGGAGAAUAAGACGGAUAAUAUUGGUCAGGGUCGCCUUCUGCUCACAGUCUUCCUUUCUUAACACUUCUUCCAACCUAAUUACACUCAUAUUUACGUGUCACAGUGGGAGGCGGCAAAGCUGGAGCUGAGGGUGUCUUGCGAUGAAGCUGUACCCCAUUCCGUUUCGCGACCCUGGUGCAACUUCGAUUUUUCAUUUGCUCCAGAAUCCAAUCUGUUGCCAUAAUCAAACAUUUAUUUACAGGCAAUGUUUUAACUAACCGUGAACGCCAUUUCUUUUAACAUUAAAUGUCACACGUACAAAAUGAAAUAAACCAUUAAUAUAAUGUACCAUGAACCUGAGCUAGAAAUAUUAAUUAUCGCCAUCUUGUGGCCUCAUUAGGCAAUUACACAUUUUUAGUAGAGGGCUUCAGUUGUGGAUCUUGGCCCUUUGCGAUGUGUUGUCGUGUCUGUGUGUUAGCGAAAGGGGCCUGGUAGGGUGACGUGUGACAUUGGCCAGUCUGCGUGUGAGUAUCUGAGCGUGGGCUGUGGCUGACAGCAGGUCCUGUAUGAGUUUGUUUAUUGCGUUUGUGAUUUACACAUCUCCCUGCGUUCAA